UCCUGCCAUUGGCUGACUUCAUUUCCCAGAGUUAGCACAAUCUCAUCCGCUCUAAACAACCUCAUCAAAACUUCUUUCUGGUCAGAGCGAAGCAAUAAUUAUUAUUAGCAAUUAUUAGCUAUCAAUAAUCUUGAUCACAUUAUGGCAAGCACUAUUAAGGAAGCGUUAUCGGUGGUGAGCGAAGACCAGUCCCUGUUCGAGUGUGCCUACGGAUCACCCCACCUCACCAAGACAGAGAUGACGGCCUCCUCCUCCAGUGAAUAUGGGCAGACCUCCAAGAUGAGCCCACGUGUCCCCCAGCAGGACUGGUUGUCACAGCCCCCAGCCAGAGUCACCAUCAAGAUGGAGUGUAACCCCAACCAGGUUAACGGGUCAAGGAAUUCUCCAGAUGACUGCAGCGUGGCAAAAGGAGGGAAGAUGGUCAGCAGCUCAGACAGUGUCGGGAUGAACUAUGGGAACUACAUGGAGGAGAAGCACGUUCCACCCCCAAACAUGACGACCAACGAACGAAGAGUCAUUGUGCCAGCAGACCCCACGCUGUGGAGCACUGACCACGUGCGCCAGUGGCUGGAGUGGGCGGUCAAGGAGUACGGGCUGCCGGACGUGGACAUCCUGCUCUUCCAGAACAUCGACGGCAAGGAGCUCUGCAAAAUGACCAAGGAUGACUUCCAGAGGCUCACCCCCAGCUACAACGCAGACAUCCUCCUGUCACACCUACACUACCUCAGAGAGACUCCUCUUCCACAUUUGACUUCAGAUGAUGUUGAUAAGGCCUUACAAAACUCUCCACGGUUAAUGCAUGCUAGAAACACAGGAGGUGCCACUUUUAUUUUUCCAAACACAUCAGUUUAUCCAGAAGCAACACAAAGAAUUGCAACCAGGCCAGAUUUGCCUUAUGAGCAAGCCAGGAGAUCAGCAUGGACGAGUCACAGCCACCCCAGCCCUCAGUCAAAAGCUACUCAGCCAUCAUCCUCAACAGUUCCCAAAACAGAAGACCAGCGUCCUCAGUUAGAUCCAUAUCAGAUUCUCGGACCGACCAGCAGCCGACUUGCAAAUCCAGGGAGCGGGCAGAUCCAGCUGUGGCAGUUCCUGCUGGAGCUGCUGUCGGACAGCUCCAACUCCAACUGCAUCACCUGGGAGGGCACCAACGGCGAGUUCAAGAUGACGGACCCCGACGAGGUGGCGCGGCGCUGGGGCGAGCGGAAGAGCAAGCCCAACAUGAACUACGACAAGCUCAGCCGCGCCCUGCGCUACUACUACGACAAGAACAUCAUGACCAAGGUCCACGGCAAGCGCUACGCCUACAAAUUCGACUUCCACGGCAUCGCCCAGGCCCUGCAGCCUCACCCCCCGGAGUCGUCCAUGUACAAAUACCCGUCGGACCUGCCCUACAUGAGCUCGUACCACGCGCACCCGCAGAAGAUGAACUUUGUGGCUCCCCACCCCCCCGCCUUGCCCGUGACAUCCUCCAGCUUUUUUGCUGCCCCCAAUCCCUACUGGAAUUCGCCGACUGGAGGGAUCUACCCCAACACCAGGCUGCCAGCUGCUCAUAUGCCUUCUCAUCUUGGCACCUACUACUAAGUGGGGUGGGGAAAAUAAACACCAGGCAAAGCAAAGACGCUUCCCGAUGGGAUUCGGUCCCUGAGGAGUCGCGAUGAACUCUGUUGGAGUACUCGAAUUAAAAGUGCCUAAAGAGACAAGUGAAGGUUUGGCUGGGGAGAAAAUAACCCAAAACCACGUUAAAAAUAGAUGUCAAAAAGACUUUUUGUAGUAGGGAUUUAAAGGAAAUAAUCCAAGAAGUAUUAAGAUACUAAAAUGUAAUGUAUAUGGGCAUCGACUCUGUGGACCAAACAACAAUAGACUAUUGUAGGUAGAAGCAUGAAGUGAUAAGGAAAACCUACGGAAGCUGGUGGUCUUAAAAAGUUGAUAAGCUUGUGUGUAAAGUUUGAUAUCAUGCUAGUGCAAAACUGGGACUAUACUACAGCAAUAUAAGGAUAAGUCUAUAGUGACCUAACAUACAGUAUAUGGAUCAUUACAAAAGAGAGGAAAAGGGAAAAAAAAAAAAAGGGAAAAAAAGCCUAUCUGUAUUUAAAAAAUAGAAACAUAUCAGCAGAAGAGACUGGUUAGUGUGGAAGCUGAUUUGGAACAGAACAUCAGUGUUGUAAUUAAAACCAAAUGAGAUCCAUUCAUCAGAGCGAAUCAGCUACUCAAACUGUGAAGACAAACCAAACUUUCAGAUUCCUUGACAGUUUUACAGGAACCCUGAGCCAAACGUGGGAAAUGAGAAUGUGCUGGAGGGCAAGUGUAUGAUUGUAGAUCAGAGGCCUGCACCUGACAGAGGAGGCAGGAAAGAGAAGGAGGAGGAUGAAGGUGGUGAGAAGGGGAGGAAAGAAACUUCUUGACCAGUAGAGACUGAAAAGACUGAAAACUUUGUAGUGUUGGGACUAUGAAGAAACACUUGUUUGGACUUGUGAAACAUAUUGCUCAGUAUUAUACCAUUCCCAGUAUUUCAGGAGGAACAGACUUGGUUCAGUAGUAAUAAAAAGUGGGAAAAGGGAAAAGCAGAGGAAGCGAGAAAUCAGAAUAUGCAUCUCUUUUUUUUUUCUUUUUUUUAGGGGCAAAAAAAAAAAAAAGCAAAACUGGAAUUGUGUUUGAUAUUUAAAAGUUACCAGUUAGAACCUCAUCAUUACUAAGGGAGUUUGUUUUCUAUUGGUUAGAGCAAGAGACAACCCCUGACUGCCAGAAUCAGAAAUCACCUGAAUAUUUUUGUUAGGCGGGCGCCAGUUUUUCUUACCGAGUCGCGAACGCUGUGCGUUUGUCAGAAUGAAGUAUACAAGUUCAAUGUUAUUUUUUUUUUUUUCCUUUUUAUAUAAUUAUUAUAUAACUUAUGCAUUUAUACACUACGAGUUGAUCUCGGCCAACCAAAGACACACACACACAAAAAAACAAAACAAAAAAAAAAAAAGGGACAAUCCAAAAAAAAAACUAUUGUGGCCUUGAAUUUUAACUCUGUAUGCUUAAUGUUUACAUUAUGAACAUAUUAGUCCUUAGAUUGCAGAAUGUAUGUAAUAAAAUAAGCUUGGCCUAGCAUGGCAAUUUCAGAUUGACAAUGUGGUUUGCAUUUGUGUUUGCAUUUUUUUUGUGUGUGACACUCAUGACAGAUCUGCUACUCACCAGGUUAAAACAGGCCGAGCUUUUUAGGAUGUGAAAAUGUAGGAGCAAACAGCCUGAGUUUAAAAUGUACAGGUGCUGGGUAUCUUCUUUUCCAGACAGUUCUGCUGAAACGCUUCCAGCCCUUCUUUAACAGUGCCUUGCCAUCCCUGUGCUGAGCUUCUCUGGCCCAGAGAUUGCAACCAUCCCCAAUUAAUUCACCGACAGCUCCACGCCCAAGACUGGAAAUGAAGCCUAAGGGAGGCCUCUAAGGAAGAGUAUUCACACUCAGAAAUUAUCUUUUGUUGCCAUGAAGUUGUGCUGCAAAAUCUCAGCCUGGGAUGUAUCUUCCUCCUGAAUCGUGUGUUGAAUUGCUUUGCUCCCUUGCCCUUAAUACAUUCUGUAUCAUUAUUAGUGAAUAAAGUGAAUAAUGAACCAUU